AGCAACAUAAGCAGACGCUUUCACCAAUAGAGACUCAUGGUUUACACGUUGUCCAAUUAUUAUCAUAAACUUGUGAGGCGGUGCUUCAUUUAACAGGCAGCUCGUAUGCCUAGUGGGUCUUGAGAUGGCUGAAGAGUCACCCAAUGAAAAAUAGGAAGUGGAUGAAAAAGGAAGGUUGUCUCUCGACGGUCAUGUAUCUUGACCAAUUGAUAGUACCGUUAUUGCAGUGGCACCCAAUGAGCGGCGUCGAGGGCGGGACACGGUGUGUUUGGGUUCGUGCUCCUCCAGGGAGUGAGACGGCGGCGACGAGUGAAGUUUAUUUUUUGGUGUGUUUUCUUCCCCCUCCCCUUCCGUGGGCUGGAGGUUAGCAUCUCCUCGCUGAGUUUCCCCGGCGAAUAAAACGGGCGGGAAGAGCGGGCCCCGGUUCAGCGUCACCGACAAAGGAGGUGGGCUCCGCCUGUGCACGGCGGCGGGCGAAAAGGCGACGGCCGUGGCUCCUUGUCGGGAUUUGACUUAUGCACUGAAUGUAGCCAGGCUGGAUCCUUUUGGGCUUCAGUAGCCCUAAGAAGCUGUCAGGGCAGAACUUCAUACUUCAGCAGAGUUUUGCACAGGUUCUAUUUCCAUGCAAAUUGAUGAGGGAGAAAUUUUGGAGGAAGGCAGUUCCAAGAUGGAACAUGAGGAUUUUGUAAUGGAAGGGCAUGGCAAGACUCCACCUCCUGGUGAAGAAAACAAACAAGAGAAGGAGCAAGAAAAGGAAGAACAGUUAAUGGAAGACAAGAAAAGAAAGAAAGAGGAUAAGAAGAAGAAAGAAUCUACUCAGAAGGUCACAGAUCAAAAAACCAAAGUGCCCGAAGCGACAAAACCAAGUUUAAGCCAACCAGUGACUGCCAGCCCAAUUGGCAGCUCUCCAUCGCCACCAGUCAACGGUGGCAACAAUGCCAAAAGGGUGGCAGUGCCGAACGGUCAACCGCCAAGCGCCGCCCGCUACAUGCCUCGGGAGGUGCCGCCGCGAUUCCGUUGCCAGCAGGACCACAAAGUGUUACUGAAACGUGGGCAGCCCCCUCCACCAUCCUGUAUGCUCCUUGGGAGUGGAGUAGGGCCACCUCCUUCUCCAGCACCUGGAGCAAAUCCAAACAACGCACAACCAGUGACGGGAGUGCUGCUGCCAUGUGACAGUGGGACUGCAACCGAUUCAACAACUGGAGGUGCUGCUGCUUCAAAUUAUGCAAAUUCCACUUGGGGUCCUGGAGCCUCCUCCAACUGCAACAAUGCCAACCCAACUCAUGUCUGGGACAAGGUGAUUGUAGACGGGUCUGACAUGGAAGAGUGGCCUUGUAUUGCCAGCAAAGAUACUGAGUCUUCUUCCGAAAACACCACAGACAACAACAGUGCCUCGAACCCUGGCUUGGAGAAGAGCACUCUGCCAGGAAGCACCACUAGCAACAAAGGAAAAGGAAACCAGUGCCAGUCUGUAAGCUCUGGUAACGAAUGUAAUCUUGGGGCCUGGAAAUCUGACCCUAAGGCUAAAUCUGUUCAAUCUUCCAACCCUGCAGCAGACAGUAACAAUGGUCUAGCAAGCUGGAGGAACUUGAGUGGGCAGGACAGAAUUGGCCCCAGCUCUGGCUUCAGCAACUUUAACCCAAAUAGCAACCCAUCAGCUUGGCCAGCACUGAUUCAAGAGGGAAAUUCAAGGAAAGGGAUUUCAGAAUCUGAUAAUGGUAGUUCCAAUGCACAGAUUAGUACAGCAGGUCAGACUUCUAGGGAACAGCAGUCAAAGAUGGAAAAUGCGGGUGUUAACUUUGUCUCUGGCAGAGAGCAGGCUCAAAUUCACAACACUGAUGGACCAAAAAAUGGAAACACUAACUCUUUGAACUUAAGUUCACCAAACCCAAUGGAGAAUAAGGGAAUGUCCUUUGAAAUGGGCUUUGGGAACGCCUCCAGGAGCACUGAUGCCCCUUCACAAAGCACUGGAGAGAGAAAAACUGGGAGUGUUGGAUCUUGGGGUACAGUAAGGGGGCCUUCUGGACUAGACAGUGUCUCUGGUCAAAGCAAUUCUGGAAAUCAUGGGAACAAUGGAAAAGAUAGGGAGGACUCAUGGAAGGGAGCUUCUGUUCAAAAAUCAAAUGGGUCAAGAAAUGAUUCUUGGGAUAAUGGCAACAGGUCUACGGGUGAUGGGUCUUGGACCUUUGGCCCUCAACACUCUAGUGAAAGCAAAUGGAGUGAAGGGAACAAAAUGACAUCAGGGGUGUCUCAGGGAGAAUGGAAACAGCCGUCUGGGUCUGAUGAACUGAAGAUUGGAGAAUGGAGUGGUCCAAACCAACCAAAUUCUAGCACUGGAGCAUGGGACAAUCAAAAGGGCCACCCCCUUCCUGAAAACCAAGGCAAUUCCCAGGCUCCCUGUUGGGGAAGAUCUUCCAGCUCUACAGGAAGUGAAGUUGGAGGUCAAAGCACUGGAAGCAACCACAAAGCAGGAAGUAGUGACAGUCACAAUUCUGGACGUAGAUCAUACAGGCCUACACAUCCUGAUUGCCAGGCUGUCUUGCAAACUUUGCUGAGCAGGACUGAUUUGGAUCCCCGAGUGCUUUCAAAUACUGGCUGGGGUCAAACUCAGAUCAAACAGGACACUGUUUGGGAUAUAGAAGAGAUGCCAAGGCCUGAGGGAAAGGCUGAUAAAGGAACUGAGGGGUGGGAGAAUUCUGCCAUACAGACAAAGAGCUCAGGGGGCUGGGGAGAUGCACCCAGCCAAAGCAAUCAAAUCAAGUCUGGAUGGGGGGAGCUCUCUACUCCAACAGAGUGGAAAGAGCCCAAAAACACUGGAGGAUGGAAUGACUAUAAGAACAAUUGUUCUAACUGGGGAGGAGGAAGACCCGAUGAAAAGGUGACAACAACUUGGAAUGAGAAUUCAAGCAAGGAUCCAGGAUGGAAUGGACGGCCACCUAAUCAGGGGUGGUCUUCUGGGAAGAAUGGCUGGGGAGAGGAAGUUGACCAAACAAAAAAUAGUAAUUGGGAAAGUUCAGGAAACAAGUCAAUGUCGGGUUGGGGUGAAGCUAGUCAAAAUGAGAUUGGGACUUGGGGUAAUGGUGCAAAUGUGAAUUGUUCUUCAAAAGGAGGGUGGGAUAAUAAUAAAAGAGCUCCAGCGUGGAAUGAUACUGGUAGACAACCCAAUUCCUGGAAUAAUCAGCAACAACAGCACCAUCAGCAGCCAGAGGCACCUGGCUCCUGGGGCCCACCUCCACAGCCCCCAGGUAAUGGGAGGCCACCAAAUUCUAACUGGAAUAGUGGGCCACAGCCAACUGCCUCAAAGGAUGAGGAACCUAGUGGCUGGGAAGAACCAUCCCCCCAAUCAAUUAGUCGGAAAACGGAUAUUGAUGAUGGCACUUCAGCAUGGGGCGACCCUAAUAGUUACAACUACAAGAAUGUGAACCUGUGGGACAAGAACUCACAAGGUGGACAACCUCCACGAGAACAGAACCUCCCUACUCCAAGGACUAGCAAAUCGGCAACCUCAGUCUGGAACAAAAGCACACCUCCUGCUCCAGAUAAUGGUACAGCUGCCUGGGGUGAACCGAAUGAAGCCAGUCCUGGAUGGGGUGAAGUAGAUGAUGCAGGGGCUUCUACCAGUUGGGGGAAUGGACCCUCCACUGCACCAAAUGCCAUAAAACCUAGUAACAAACCAUCUCAAGAUGGCUGGGGGGAAAAUGAUGGGCCAGUAUCUGGAACACGGCAUUCCAGCUGGGAAGAGGAAGAAGAGGGAGGAGUCUGGAACACAGGCUCUCAGGGAAGCAGUUCCUCCCAUAAUUCAACAAACUGGGGACAAGGAGGAAAGAAACCACAGAUCAAGUGUUCGUUAAAAGGGGGCAGUAGUGAUUCAUGGAUGAAUACUUUAUCGGAUCAGAUUUCAAAUAUGGGAUUGCUGAAUCAAACUGAGGACACUCCAGGCAAUAAGAUGGACUUAUCUGUAGGUGGCCUCCAAGAUAAGAAGUUUGAUGUGGACAAACGAGGCAUGAAUCUCGGGGAUUUUAAUGACAUAAUGAGAAAGGGCCGGUCUGGUUUUCGUCCUCCUAAUUCCAAAGACAUGGGAACCCCAGAUAGUGGGCCUUACUUUGAAAAGCUGACUUUGCCUUUCUCCAAUCAAGAUGGGUGCCUUGGGGAUGAGGCUCCCUGCUCUCCCUUCUCCCCUUCUCCCAACUACAAGCUAUCUCCCUCUGGUUCCACACUACCCAACGUCUGCCUUGGGGCAAUCGGCUCAGGGCUCAACCCCCAAAACUUCGCUGCUAGACAAGGGGGCAAUCAAGGUCUGUUUGGAAACAGCACAGCACAAUCGAGAGGAAUGCACCCACCAGUGCAGCCACUAAAUCCUUCCCCCAAUAUCCGGGCACAAGUGCCUCCCCAAUUUAUUUCUCCCCAGGUGUCUGCCUCCAUGCUCAAGCAAUUUCCUAAUAGUGGUCUGAACCCAGGACUUUUCAAUAUGGGGCCUCAACUUUCUCCUCAACAGAUUGCUAUGCUGAGCCAACUUCCACAGAUUCCUCAGUUUCAGCUUGCUUGUCAACUUCUCCUCCAGCAGCAGCAGCAGCAGCAGCAGCAACAGCUGUUACAGAACCAGAGAAAGAUUUCUCAAGCUGUGCGACAACAGCAAGAGCAACAGCUUGCUCGUAUGGUGAGUGCCCUUCAGCAGCAGCAGAGGCAGCCUGGCAUGAAACAUUCUCCAUCCCAUCCAGUAGGGCCGAAGCCACAUUUAGACAACAUAGUUCCUGGUAGUCUGAAUGUGGGUCUCUCAGAUUUACAGGCCAAAGGGCAGAUUCCUGGAUAUGGUUCAGGUUUUGGCUCCACUGGUGUGGAUUAUGGUAUGGUGGGAGGGAAAGAAACUGGAACAGAAUCUCGCUUUAAACAAUGGACUUCUAUGAUGGAUGGGUUGCCCACUGUAGCUUCCCAAGAUGCCAAUAUGCACAAAAAUGGCACGAUUGUGCCCCCUGGAAAAGCUCAAGGGGGAUCACCCUACAACCAAUUUGAUAUAAUCCCUGGUGACCCACUGGGCAGCCACACAGGUCAUGGUGGUGAUAGCUGGUUACCUGCCAAAUCUCCACCAACAAGUAAGAUUGGAAGCAAAUCCAGCAAUGCCAGUUGGCCUCCAGAAUUUCAGCCAGGAGUGCCGUGGAAAGGUAUUCCAAACAUUGACCCUGAAUCUGACCCCUAUGUGACCCCAGGAAGUGUACUGGGGGGUACAGUCACAUCCCCCAUUGUAGAUACUGAUCACCAACUUCUGCGGGACAACACCACAGGGUCUAAUUCUUCCCUCAACACCUCGCUGCCUUCACCUGGUGCCUGGCCCUACAGUGCCUCUGACAGUUCCUUCACAAAUGUUCAUAGCACUUCAGCAAAGUUCAGUGAGUAUAAAUCAACAUGGUCCCCAGAUCCCAUAGGACCCAAUCCCACUCAUCUCUCCAACAAGAUGUGGAAAAACCAUAUUUCCUCAAGAAACACUACAGGGCUGCCCCGGCCACCUCCUGGUCUGAGUAAUCCAAAACCAUCCUCUCCCUGGAGCAGCACAGCACCCCGCUCAGUCAGGGGGUGGGGGGCACAGGAUUCGAGGCUUGCCUCUGCGUCUACCUGGAGUGAUGGUGGAUCAGUUCGCCCUAGCUACUGGCUGGUUCUUCACAAUCUCACUCCACAGAUUGAUGGGUCAACCCUGAGGACCAUCUGCAUGCAGCAUGGUCCACUGCUGACAUUCCAUCUGAACCUGACCCAAGGCACCGCCCUUAUCCGAUACAGCACCAAGCAGGAGGCAGCCAAGGCCCAGACUGCACUGCACAUGUGCGUUUUGGGAAACACUACCAUCCUGGCUGAGUUUGCCACAGAUGAGGAGGUUAGUCGCUUUCUGACACAAGCUCAACCUCCUACUCCUGCAGCAACACCCAGCACACCUGCAGCAGGCUGGCAGUCUCUAGAGACAGGACAAAAUCAGACAGAUCCAGUUGGACCUGCUUUGAAUCUUUUUGGUGGGUCAACAGGGCUUGGGCAGUGGAGCAGCGGUGGUGACAGCAGCAGUGGGGGUGACCUUGCUGGUGCUUCGUUAUGGGGCCCCCCAAGCUAUUCUUCAAGUUUGUGGGGGGUUCAAAGUGUAGAAGAUCCCCACAGGAUGGGAAGCCCUGCUCCCUUACUACCUGGAGACCUUCUAGGCGGAGGGUCGGAUUCAAUCUGAACUUAAAACUUUCAACUCUGACCUCGUGACCUUUUUGGAACAGCAGCAGCACUAACUUGACCUUUUCUUUUUUUUCAACUUGCAAUAAAUACAUUUUAAAAGGAAAAAAGAAAAUGGAGAGAGAAAAAAGGUGGGUCAUUGACAGGACUGUCUGAGCACAUAGUUGCCUCCCUUAUAACUUCAGUUUUUUCGUUUGGAAUAUGAAUCCAAAAAGAGAACAUAUCACUCUUGAAAUACUUGAAUCAUGAACGCCAACUUAGAAAGACAAUGUGAAGCAAGUACACAUACCAUUUAAAUCUAAACAAAAAAAUUAAAAAAAUUAGUUUCUAGUUUUUCACUUUUUCAUGUUAUACGGAAGUUGUUGCUAAGAAACAUAUAUACUGAAAAAAUAGCUUUUUAACUUUGUUUGCACUGGGUGUGUUUCCGUCCUUAGGUCUACCAUGUUGGGAUGGGACAGGGUGGGAUUCAAAAGCGUUGGGGGUGGGGUGGGAGGGGGAAGACUUGACGGAGCCUCACUUUAAAAAACAAAAAGAAAAAAAACACUUUGUGAUUGGCUGGUUGAUAUAUACCAGUAUGUUCUGGCACAUGUAACUGCCCAUGUAUGUGUGUUUCUGUGCAAGUGUGCGCGCGCGUGUGUGUGUGUGUAAGCGCAUGAUUGUGUGUAUGGCUGUAUGCAUUUGUCUUGGAAAGCUGCAUUGCUGUUGGUCAGCAACCUAUCUGACUAGACUUAAACUUAAUUAUGAUGGUGCCUGUGACUGAUGCAAAAUCAAAUUGACCUGUGUUAACAAUCUGUCAGUUGGUGGUAUUUUUAUUUUAGCAGGGUAUUCAGUGCAGUAUGGAUCUUGUUCUGACCCUGUCAUAGAGCAACACACUGCCAUAUCCUAAGGAUUUGGUGAAAGGGGUGCCAGUGCGGGGUUUUCCAGAGAGUAGGGGUUGUUUUGUUUUUGCUGAGGGAAAUUCUGUUUUGCCUAGAAGUGUAUUCAUGUCUCAAAUGAGAUUUUGUUUGUUUGUUUGUGAACCCAGGCUUAUGUUUAUGACAAAGCCUUUCUCCUUCCAAGGAGACUAGAGGGAAAAUGGCAUUGCAUAUUUUUGUGACAAAGACCAGUAUAAUGGUUGAGGCUUCUGUGGUUGUUUAAAAAAAACAAAAACAAAUCCUGUACCUGUUCCUAAAGUCUGUAUAUGAAGAUUUUUAUCUAUUUGUGGAAAACCCACCAAAAAUCCAGGCUUAACUGUAUUUCUUAAAUGAUCUGCUGUUUGUGUUGAAACUAAAAUGUCAGUAGUUUGCUGGCCUGUCUCAUAUUGUGAAAGGUCAUGCAGCAACCUUUGUUCUUUCCUCCAGUGAGCGUUACCUGUGCCAGGCCUAGGUGUAUUACAGCACCAGACCAUCACUGACAGAAACGUUUACUUAUGAAUGUUCUUAAACCAGUGUGUACUUUGAGUGUUUUUUUUUCUCUGUGUAUUUUCCUGUGUAUGUCUUGCUUAAGUUUUGCUUAGGCAGGCAUAUGACUAGCAAAGACUUCUUUUGUUUAUAAAGUAUUGCACCUUUAUUAUUUUUACUUUUCCCUGUACUGUUGCUUUUAAUGUCUGUAUUUAAAAGAGAGGUUUUGUGUUGAUUUUUGUUUUUUUUAAAAAAAACCAUCGGUGUAGUAGUACUCUGGGCAGAAUAGGGAAGACCUAUAAUUAAUUCAGAAGAUUGCCAGUGUGUGCACUGGGAAUAAAAUUGCUUGUUGUGAAGAAAGCUGUAGCAAACAUUGCCUUUACACAAAGCAGUUUUGGGGAAGGGCAGGGAGGAAAAGAACAGGAAAGGAGAUUCAGGCAUUCUUCUUUGAAGUGUUAGCACGUAGCUCUGGCUUUUCACUAGUUCUGCUUAUGUUUGAAUAACUAAGUGCUGCCAUAUUCUGUACCAGCAAAUACUUACAUAAUGCAACACUUGGAAGUAGCAGAUCAUAUUGUAUGGGAUCCCAGCAGAAGUGUCUUUCUCCUUUACCAUUUUCACUGUAAAAUACAGUGAUAUAUAAAUAUAAGAUUGACAGUAGAUACACUUUAAGCAAAAUUCAUUAUACUCAUGUCCAAAGGGAAAAAGAAUUUGUGGAUUCUGUAUGUGAUGAACCCAAUAUCACAAAGACAAAUGAAUAAGUGGAAUGCUACAUUUACAUCUGCCUGUUUUUGUUUUUUUACAUAGUAAGUCCAGGUGGUGAAUGUAGACAGGUGUGUGUACUUAAAUUUCAGCAUCUGCAGCAUAUUACAUGGACCUUUAAAAAGCAUUUUCCCUUAUUUCUGCCUCUGUCAUACAAUCUCAUAUGUUGAGACAAAAUGUUUUUUUCCCAGUUCCUGACAAUUGGGUUUCCUUCCGGCCAUUAAACAUGCCUGCUCCUAAAAUAGCUGUAUUUGUCUCUGGGGCCUCAGUGUUGAAACUGUGCAGGAUAAAUGAUAGAAAAAGCCCUGAGCUAGGAGAACAUGCAGCACCUCAUGGCCUGGAUAAGCAGCUAUGUGUUCCAACAUGUGACUUGACACACAAGCUGGUUCACUACUGUCACCACUCUCUCCUGCCCUAUGGUCCCUUUGCCUGCACUUUGGAUUUGUUGAGUUCAUUAUACUACGGUGAAAGCCGGGUGCUAGAGCCCCUCUUGUUUACAAGACAUAAUGAGGGAUUUGAACUAUUUUUAAAAAAUUAAAAGCUAAAAUGUUCUUCCAUCACAAGCUUAAAGGGAAAAAAAAUUAAAACUUACAAAAAAAGACCAAAAAGUGCGUGUGCGCAUAUAUAUGUGUGUAUCUAUAUGUGUGUGUGUAUAUAUGUACACACAUACACACACACUCUCACACACACACACACAUAUAUAUAUAUAUAUAAAAUGAAGACUAACUCUGGGAGCAUUUAACAGUGUUUUUGUGUUUAACAUUUAUUUUCCUGCUUUAAAUUUGCAAGCAUUCUCAGGAAUUCUAGGGUAGGAAGCCAGUUUUUGAAGAUGGUUUAUUUAACCUUAUCCUAGAUAGGUGGUUGUUUCUUUGUUGUUAAACUUUUACAAGUUCCUGAAUCUUCAAAAAGUUUAAUUUUUUUUUCUUUACAAAAAGCAAAAAAAUUGAAAAACAAAACCUAAUACACACAAACUUCAAUUGUUGUCAAAACUGGGGAUCAAAUUUUUAAACAAAAGUACAAAUUGAUUACAAAAAAAAUCUCAAUAACAGCAACAAAAAGUCAUUAUAUUCUUAAAAGUCCAAGUUGUGAGAAGAUUUAUACUUGUAGAGCUUAGUCUCUUGCAGGAGUGUGUGUUCAGUUGUAUGGGGAAGAGGAUUGUGUGUGAAUGAAACUGUGUAAUCACCUAGUUAUUUCACAAUGAAUAUUAACAUGAAAUCUUCCUCCAAGCACCUUUUUUU